CUCAACAAAUAAUUUGGCAAACUAUCAAGAAUAAUUCACCUAUUGUAUUGGCUAAUCCCAAAUGUGAAGUAGAAUAUAGCAAUUAUAAAGAAGCUGAAGUAGAUUUAAAGAUAAAUAAAUAUGAUUCAAGUAAUAGCAAUGUUGAA